AAUCUGCUGAGAGCUCUUCAGUUGCCCUCAGCAGUGGCUGUUCUGAGGUGUUGUGCUCAUCAAAAGGACACCUCUCUCAUCACACAAGGUAACAAUUUGGCAGACGAAGCAGCAAAAAAGGCGGCAAUGCAACAGCCCCAUCAGGUUAAUAAAGCAAAAACAAUGAUGGCACUGCAACAGUCCGUCAUGUGUCCCAUCUUAGUUGAAGCUGAUUUGGCUCCUUUGAUGUCUAUGACAUCAUUAAUUCAAGCCCAAGCCAGGGCUUCACCAGAAGAACGAUCAGUCUGGCUCAAAAGGGGAGCAGUCAAAAACACUCUAGAUGGCCCACAACAGGGUCUUUGGCGGAGUAGCCAAGGACAUUUUGUUCUACCUGUUGCAUUGUUGCGCUGUGCAAUUCGGAAUGCGCAUGGUCGAGACCAUUGCGCAAGGGGGGAGGUCAUAAGGCAUUUGCAAGCAGUCUGGUGGUCGCCUUUUUUGGCAGCCACGGUAGAAAGAGUGUUGCAUGAGUGUGAUGUGUGUGCUAAAUACAACACCAGGAAGGCCUUUUCGGCUCCCAUUGCGCACAUUCCUCCGCCGGAUGGGCCAUUCAGACAUCUAAUGAUUGACUACAUAGACAUGACUCAAAGAAUUGGAAAAUUGAGGUAUGUUUUGGUGGUUGUUUGCCGGUUCAGUUGGUGGAUAGAAGCAUCCCCUACAAGCAGUCCAGAUGCUAGCUCAGUAGCUAAGUUUUUGUGUAGGGAAGUCUUCCCGAGAUUUGGCAUCCCAGACACUCUCAGCUCUGAUAAGGGACCACAUUUUGUUGCAGCAACAUUCCAAGCAACGCUGAAAAUGCUGGGAAUCAAGCAGAAGUUUGGUUGUGUGUACCAUCCCCAGUCACAAGGACAAGUUGAAAGAGCUAAUAAGACCUUGAAAGAAAAGCUAGCUAAAAUACUAGCAGAUAUUGUGGGAGGAAGUAAGUUGAACUGGGAGCAAGCUUUGCCAUUGGCUCUGAUGUCUAUGAGAAUGAGUACUAACAGGCUUACGCAUCUAACACCGCAUGAAAUGCUCACGGGUCGGCCCAUGCUUGUGCCUUAUCUUAGAGGUCCCUACGAGGGACCAGCGCUUGAGCAACUAGAAGGCGAGCUGCAAAGCUACCUCCAACAUCUGACUCAUAUCUAUAAAGAAAUAUUUUCACAGGUGAAAGGAGCCACAGAGGAACGGGACGCUGAAAUCCCAGGAGAAAAGCAGACAAUCCAGUCAGGUGACCUUGUGUACAUCCAUGUCUUCAAGAGAAAAAAGUUUGGAACCCAGGCGAGAAGGGCCAUACAAGGUUGUCUUAGCUACCCCACUGCGCUCAAGGUUGAAGAAUACAUGGCUGAUGGACAUCAGAGCUCUUGGGAACCAAGGGUGGGCCCAACACCACCAUGUGUGCCAGUUUCACUUACAGGAGAUCCGCAGCAGCCAAGUUUGCCACACCAGCUGCUCACCCUGUUCCCUGUUUCGUCGGAAUCUUAUCCACCAGCCACACCAGGACCUGGUCUGGGCCUUUACCCUCCAUUACCGACACCAGCCACCAGCAGAACCAACGCCCAGUGGAACCUGGCGAGAUUUAUGCCAAGGAGCUACGCACCCUACCAGUCAUUGUCCUGGCAGAAUCAACUGAGUGAACGCCCAGGGAUGGAGGUCCCAGUACCCCCGCCACUCUCUUCUUUCAGAUCCAAUGAGGUAUAUGAGCACCAGAGCUGGUUCAACCCCUUAGCUCCACAACCCCAUGCUAUCACAGCUGAGCAGCCUGGACCUGCCAGGCUCAACAUGGGAGAUCGCAGGGAGCCGAAGGACAACCUAGACACGGAAAGUCUUGCCUCUCUUGCCUCUCCAAUUUCAUUUUGCUCAUCCCCAGACCAAUCUGCUCCACCAAAUUCCCCUAGUCCUGUCAUGAAGAAUAGUAGUUCUCCCCACAUUUCCUCUACCAUCCCUAACCCAAUGGAUGAGCCCCAACCCUCCUACAAGAAUGAUGUACCUUAUGUAACCCAGAAUCGUGCCACCUUGUCAUACAAUGAGUUUCGUUUCUGGGUACCAAAUGCACCAGAGCAGGAGGCAGCUCUGGCAACGUCCAUGACACUUGUGUCAUCACAAAGUCACUAUCAGCGCGAGUGUUGCAUUGAUCAGGAGGUACGUGAGGAGAUUGCCCACUUAAGGAAACAAAAUGAAGAGCUCAAUCAACAAAUUGCAGAGCUCAACCAACAAAAUGCAGAGUUCGACCAACAACUCAUAGAGCUCAACCAACGACAUGCAAUGCUCAGUGAGCGUCUGAGCAUUUACCAACGGCUGAGAGGAUCGUCGAUAGGCAGGUUUAAUACCGUCUACGCAGACUAGAAUGUUCAGACCGAAUGCUGUUUCUGCACUGCUGGAACAUGUAGAAUGUAGAUGUACCACUGUAUUAUGCUGAGUACUGUCGGAACAUGCAUAAAGGGCUAUUUACAUCUUAUUAUUGAUAAAAAA